CUCUGAUUCAAUUCCUCUCCCUCUCUCUCGCAGGGGAGUCAGCGUUCCAGGCCUCCUUAUCUAAGUCUUCUAGUGGGGGUAAAUCAUGUGUGACGAAGAAGAAACCACAGCCCUGGUGUGUGAUAAUGGCUCAGGCCUGGUGAAGGCAGGGUUUGCGGGAGAUGACGCUCCCCGAGCUGUGUUUCCCUCCAUCGUGGGCCGUCCUCGCCAUCAGGGUGUGAUGGUGGGCAUGGGUCAAAAAGACAGCUACGUAGGAGAUGAGGCACAGAGCAAGAGAGGCAUCCUCACCCUCAAAUACCCCAUUGAGCAUGGCAUCAUCACCAACUGGGACGAUAUGGAGAAGAUCUGGCACCACACCUUCUACAACGAGCUGCGUGUGGCUCCUGAGGAACACCCCGUCCUCCUGACUGAGGCUCCACUCAACCCCAAAGCCAACAGGGAGAAGAUGACUCAGAUCAUGUUCGAGACCUUCAAUGUUCCUGCAAUGUACGUGGCCAUUCAGGCUGUGCUCUCCCUUUAUGCCUCCGGCCGUACCACAGGCAUUGUACUGGACGCUGGUGAUGGUGUGACCCACAAUGUGCCGGUGUAUGAGGGUUAUGCUCUUCCUCAUGCCAUCAUGAGGUUGGAUCUUGCCGGCAGAGACCUCACCGAUUACCUCAUGAAGAUCCUCACUGAGAGAGGCUACUCUUUUGUCACUACAGCUGAGAGAGAGAUUGUGCGUGACAUUAAGGAGAAGCUGUGCUACGUAGCUCUGGACUUUGAGAACGAGAUGGCCACGGCUGCCUCCUCUUCCUCUCUGGAGAAGUCUUAUGAGCUGCCAGACGGUCAGGUCAUCACCAUCGGCAACGAGCGCUUCCGUUGCCCCGAGACGCUCUUCCAGCCUUCAUUCAUCGGCAUGGAGUCGGCUGGCAUCCAUGAAACCACAUACAACGGCAUCAUGAAGUGCGACAUCGACAUCCGUAAGGACCUGUACGCCAACAACGUGCUGUCCGGAGGCACCACCAUGUAUCCAGGUAUCGGUGACAGGAUGCAAAAGGAGAUCACAGCCCUCGCCCCCAGUACCAUGAAGAUCAAGAUGAUUGCCCCUCCUGAGAGGAAGUACUCUGUGUGGAUUGGAGGCUCCAUCUUGGCAUCACUUUCCACCUUUCAGCAGAUGUGGAUCAGCAAAGACGAGUAUGACGAGGCUGGACCCUCUAUUGUCCACAGGAAGUGCUUCUAAACACUGCCUCUUCUCGCCAGUUCUUGUGGACUUUGUCUCCUGUGAUGUUUUACUGUAUGUUCAGUGGAAAUGCCUAUGUUCAGAAAUUCAUGCAGCACAUUGCUCAAUAAAUGUAUUAUGUGUAUUUUGGA